CACUUGGACUUCCGACUUCCGGUGAUGGCCGGAAGUGACGCCAUCAGACCGCGCCCUGCAGGGCAUGGCGUCCGAGAGAGGCGCUACCGGCCAGUACUAGGUUCCGGGCCGGUGCCAGGGUAUUGGCAGCACGCCACGGCCGAGGGCCGGGACGGGCGGAGCCGCUCGCUAUCUGCCGCUCGCCGCAGCGGCGCCGGCGGCAGGCGCCGGCAAGACCCGCGGGGAGAGGAGGAGCAACCCCGCCGGUGGGACGCUCGGCCGGGCCCCGGCCCGCGCUCAGCCGGCGCGAUGCUCUUCUCGCUCCGGGAGUUAGUGCAGUGGCUGGGCUUCGCCACCUUCGAGAUCUUCGUGCACCUGCUGGCCCUGUUGGUGUUUUCCGUGCUGCUGGCACUGCGUGUGGACGGCCUGGCCCCUGGCCUCUCCUGGUGGAACGUGUUUGUGCCCUUUUUCGCCGCCGAUGGGCUCAGCACCUAUUUCACCACCAUCGUGUCUGUGCGCCUCUUCCAGGAUGGAGAGAAGCGGUUGGCCGUGCUCCGCCUCUUCUGGGUCCUCACGGUUCUUAGCCUCAAGUUUGUCUUCGAGAUGUUACUGUGCCAGAAGCUGGUGGAACAGACUCGGGAGCUCUGGUUCGGCUUGAUCACGUCUCCAGUCUUCAUUCUCCUGCAGCUGCUCAUGAUCCGCGCCUGCCGGGUCAACUAAACUCAAAGAAAGGCCGGAGAGAGAACUCUGGAUAGCUAGGAUGCUGGACCCCACGCUGAGGUCCCACUUCUGCGGCACCAAAGGAGAAGUCUGGGUCUGAAAGCAAAGCCAGUUCCUGCCCUGGCGAGUGCCCAAUUUUCUCUAUACCAAUCAUGUCUAAAAUUGUUCCCUCAGCAGGGCUAAAAAGAGCAGCCUUGAUCCUUAAAAUGUAUUUCUUGUUAUUUCAUGCUUUGAAUAGCUAAUCCUGAAUUGAGAUGUUGAGAAGGACCCAGGCCAGACAGUGCAGAAUUCCUCUGACAGUUGGAAACUGCAUGUAUGUAAAAUGUCCUGAUGGGCUCUGAGUAUUUUCAUGGAUCUUUGGAAAGUACUCCCUGUGCAGAGGCUGCAAAGCCAGACUGGGGGAUUUCCUCUGCCCAGCAGCGCUAACCUAAGGGCUCACUGUCCCAUCCAUCCAGACAAGACUUACUUAGAUGCUUGAGCUCUAAAAAGUGUAAACGAGCUUGUGUCUCCUCCCCUGAGCCAUGGGGAGGAUGGCCCUUUCUUCAUUCCAGCCCAGGCAGACAGGAGUGUGUUGAGUAAGCAUGAUUGGGACCCUAUAUUUGGAGAUCUGUCGCCUGAGAGAACUUUGCUUAUAAAGCACUGCUUGGCUUCCUAUCCCAGCCAAUUGCGACUUUCCCACCACCUUGUGGCCAGCACUGUUAGCACACUUGAGACAGAUUUGGGCCUCCCUAAGGGACCAGAGAGAGGAAAAACUUUGAUGCUCGUAGGCACCGAGACCUGCAAAUGGUCUUGGCCCACAUCUGUUGGCCUGGGGCUUUAAUUUAAUGCCAGUCAGUAGCCGAAUGAGAACGUUUGCUGAGAUAAAAAUAAAAUAAGAAUGUUUUACUGA